UCCCUUAUUUUUCAAAGUUUUUAUUUUUUAAUGCAUAGGUCUUAGUUUUGUUCAUAUGUUCCUAAAACACUCGAAAAUACAUUUUUAUAUAAUUUGGAGAACGAUAACCCGUGCCGACUUGCAUCGAAACAUGUUCAUACAAGUAAUGCCGAACUAGUGGCGUGCACCCAUCGUAUUUGCCAUUUGUUCACAGUAACUCUCGUCAUUAACAUAUUGUUUUUAUGUUUAAAAAAAUGGCAGUGGAAUUAAAAAGCAAUAAAAAAAGUAUUUUCUUAGUUGGUGACGUGAACCAUCAAAUUACUGGAGCAAAGUUACCGUCUACCGUCGUCACGUUCUUGCAGUCCUCUUUUUUAACAUUCGCGAAGUUAAAUUGACUAUUAAUGUAAGCGCAAAUCUUGCCGUUCGAGAGUGUAUUAUAUUCUGGGAAAAAGCUAGAAUCCCUACCAGACCUGUACAAAACUGUGUAAAAAAACUCGUCGAUCUUCAUCGUGCUUGGAGAGUUACAAAAAAAUUCAAAAAAAAAAACGCCAGCUGUUUACAAGCGCCGUGAGGAAGGACUUUCAAAAUAAUUUAGAUAAUUUAUUCGAUAUAGCACACGCAAAUGCUUUGGACUGGAUAAAAAUAGAAGAAGAUAAAAUAUUUUUACAAAGAGAACCAGGGCGUCUAGGAUGUUUAGCGGGAGUAGAUAAAAAGUUAGCCGAGAAAGAAAAAAGAAUAAGAUAGAGAAAAUUAAAAGAAGAGAAAAAAAGACAAGAUGUUCCAAAAGUUUAUCGUCAUCUUUAACUACACAAGAUUUUAUAGAAACGCAAGAAAAUCCCAAUCCCAAUACCAGCUCUGACGAAAGCCUGAACGAACCCUUGCCAUCAACAUCUCAAAUGGUAAGUUCUGUAACUACUUCAAAAAGAGGAAGGAAAGAUUUCGUCACUCCUAAGUUAGUUGCCACUUUAGAUAGAUGUCAAUUAGCAUAAGGGACUCUGUUUUUAAAAAUACUUCAGGCUGUAGUAGAAGCCCUAGAUCUCAGCUGUGAUGAGUUCCCGAUAAAUAAAUCGUCAAAGAAAAAUAUUAAAAUGAGACUUUCUGGAGCAAUGCAUCAAGCUAGGUGGAUGGCUAGAACCAUUUACUCUUUGAAAAUAUGUUUGUUGCAAUCUCAAUUCAAAAUUAGCGCCAAGGAUAAAAGAGCCCUUCAAGAUAUUUGUUUAUUCAUUGCAGUUAUAUAUGUAAAACCAUGGAUUGGAUGUAGUCUGACAGUCAAGGCCCCAAAUCAAACUUUGCGCUUUUUAAAAAGUCUUAAGGAAUAUGAAACUGUUAAUAAAGAGAUCUCCAAAGCUGCCCUGAGCAAGUUUAGUCAACAUCUUUGGUACUUGUCAGAAGAAAUAGCUGUUUUAUCACUCUUUGAUGAUGAAGUAGAUGAACAAACUAAGACGAAUAUUGUAGCGAACUUACAAAGAGAUAGUUUGUAUGAUUCUGUAAAAAGAUACAUUCCAUCGAAAGAAGAUAUGUCUGAUUAUUUGUAUGGAAAAUCAUUAAAUGAUUUUGUGUCUGUCAAGAGCACAAAUUUAUUUGUUCGUUUAAAUAUGGAUACAGACUUCUUAAAGAAAACCGUUUCUGCAUGGGACGAAGAUGUAACCUAUUUACAGGCUAAAACAAGAGUUCUUUCUUUAAGGGCCGUGAAUGAUACAGCUAAAAGAGCUGUAAAACUUAUGCAAGAUUUCCAUGGCUUAGUCACUGCAAAAGAAUAUCAAAAACAGUUUUUGCUGCGUACAAGAGUUUUCUGUGUACAAGAGCAUAGAAAUCUGUAUCCAGACUGUAAAAAAGAGAUCCUUAAAAGAAAAUAUUUGUGAUGUUCAUUUGAUUAAUAAAUACUAUAUUCUAACUUUCUCUUUGAUUAUUAUUAUUAAACAUUUUAUUUCAUUUUAUUACACAUAUACAAAGAUAAGCGUUAAAGACAACGAUUUUUAAAAUCUUCAAGGCUCUGUCGGUACGGGUUAAUGUUGACAUAUAAAGAUAAAAUUUUGUAUUUGAUUAAGUUUAGGUAGUUUAAAAAGA